UUGUAUAACUUGUAGACUUCUAGUUGCAACAUUGACAUACAUUUUUUCGUACGUAAUAUCAUACAAAGAAUAUCGUUUUACGUACCAAUGUACUUUCAGUCGCAAUUGUGGUCAUUUGUAAAUGUAUGUUAAUGUUAUAAACAGAAAAACGUUACUGUUGAUAGAAAAACUUUGAUGAAAAUUGUUAUUAUAAGUGUUUUGAACUAAAUUCAAAAGAUCGAAUGAUUCUUUGUUAACAAAGCAUGGAAUAAGUACAUGAUGUCUUGAUACAAUAUGGUAAAAAUAAAAAAAAUUGUUUAAAGCAAUAAUUACUAAAUCGAAAGAAACAAAAAGUAAUGUAGUCGAGAAAAAGUAUUUUAAGUUAGAACGGUCGAAACCGCAUGACCUUCCGGUCGCAUUACUCGGUAACUCUCAGUUAAGAUUGCACGAAAUUAGUGUAUGAAACAAGAGUUAGUGCUUCAUAUAAGAAGACAUAAGACUGUAAAACGUCAUGAGUAUGCAACAAAGCACUGAAUUGAUCAUCUUUGUGACCCAUGUCGAAGCAGAAGAUUCACUCCUCAAAAUAUGGGGUCAAGUUGACAAAAAUUCAGCGACAUGUAUAGAGCGUAUGAUUUUACCCUUGGGCGAACAAUUUGCUCGAAGUCAGGGUUGUAUAGAUGCACGGACCAGUAACCUACGUAUAAAUGCACUUUGCUGUGCUCGAUUUCAAAAUGAGGGAUAUUAUCGGGCCAGAGUAAUUAAUAUACGUGCCGAUGGUAUGGUAGUUCUACAGUUUAUUGAUUAUGGUAAUAUUGAAGUGUUGCCACCUCAAGAGAUUCACUUGAUAGAAAAUAUACCUGGUUCAGAAUCUCUGCAAUCAUUUCCGCCUGUGGCAUUUGAAUUCACAUUGAUGAAUGUAUUACCUGUAAAUGGUAUCUGGGAGAACAAAAUAAUUGAAUCGAUUAAGAAAUCUUUAUGUUACAAUGAGUAUAAAAUAUUAAUUUGCGCAGUGAUUAAUAAUCAUCGUUUUAUUAAACUGUGGUAUAAUAAUGAAAAUUUCAGUGAUUUGCUAAUUGACAGACAUAUGGCAGUAAGAGCUACAGUACCAGAUAUGUUUAGGCUAAAAUGUGUGCAGCAACCUCAAAUGCCAAUUUAUCAGCAAUCAAGCAAACACCUCAUUAGCAAUAACUGUACUCCGGUUGCUCCUGUCCAAAAUCCGAACUCAUUACACUGUGAAGAAAGUGAUAUUCACAGAUAUCAACGAAAUGUUCCUUUAUAUUGUACAGCUCAACAAAAACACUUGAUGCAAACACCUAUGCAAGAAGCUCUUGUAUUUAAAUCGCGUGUUUUGGAUGUACCAUCUGAACACGAAGUCUAUGUUUCUUUUGUAGAAGAUGGUCCACAAAAGUUUUCUGUACAACUUCAGAGUACAUCUCAAGUAUUAAGUAUGCUUAUGAAAGAAAUUAACAGUCAUCCAAUACAACCACUGCAAGAACCUCCUUUACCGGGAUCAGUAUGCUUAGGCCGUUACACUCAAGAUAAGGUGUUAUGUAGAGCUGUUGUGAUGUCUGUAAUGGAAAAUAAGUGUAAACUUUAUUAUGUUGAUUUUGGUCAUACAGAAGUGUUACCAUAUGCUGAUAUUUUCCAAUUACCAUCUCAUUUUAUUAAUCCUAAAGUACUUUCUAUACGAUUCACGCUAAGCGGUGUACACGAGUUAAACGUUACAGAUGAAAUGAAAAAAUAUUUUAAGCAAAUAGUGUCAGGAAAAUUGCUUGGAUUACAUGUUCGUCCACCAGAAGGACCACCAUUGGUUCAAUAUGGAGAUUUAUACGAUGACGGAAAGAAUAUAAAGAAUAUUCUUCGACAAGCAUUUCCAACACCAGUUACAGUAACACCUAUGACUUCAUCAUUUGGAUAUGAAGAAUCAAAACAGUUGUCAAGAGGAGUUGAAGAAAUAGUUCAUGUUUCAUUCGUGGAAUCUUGCAGAAAAUUUUUUGUACAACUGGAUAGUAACAGUACAUCUCUUGAAUCAAUAAUGAAUUGCCUAGCAAAAUUCUGUCAAAAUGCGCCUAUUUUAAAUCUAGCUCAACUAAAAAUUGGACUUCCUUGUGCUGCUUUAUAUGAUAAUCAAUGGUACCGAGCACAGAUACUUGGCAUAAAUGCAAAUAAUGUGAAGGUCUUAUAUGUAGACUAUGGUAAUGAAGAAACUGUGACUGUAACUUCUCUACGUUUAAUGCAUGACAAUUUAAUUAAAACGUUAGAAGCUCAAGCAAUUAGAUGCAUUUUAAACGGUUGGGAAGUUUUGCCAUGUACUCAAGAAAUUCAUAAUCAAUUUGAAUUACUGAUUUUGGAGAAGCGUUUACGUUUGAAAGUAAUCGAUGUAAAUCCAGAUGGUAUAGUAGUAGAAUUAUAUGACCCUGAAAAGAUGGAAAGCAUUAAGUCACAAAUGUUACGCAUGAUUGGUGAUGAUAAAAAAGUGACAAACGAGUCAAACUUUCAAAAUAUGGAAAAUCAGCAUACUACAAAACUGACAUCAAAAUUAAAUCAAAGUGAAAAUACGAAUAAGUGGCAAAAAAAGAGUCAAUUAGAUACAUGGCAUGAUACACAGAAUACCAAUACAGUUCAAGAAAGAAAUAAGUCUAAAACUUGGAAAGAUGAAUCAAAUGAAGGCAAAUUGUAUGAAAGUAGAAAUGAAAAAAGUAAUUUUCAUCGUAUUGGUUCCAGAAAUGAAAGAUUUCAUAGAGAUGACUCUUCCAAUAGCAGAAAUACAAGAGAUACAUGGAAUAACAAAAAUGAUUAUAAUGAACCAUCCAAAAGUGGUUCUGGUGGAAGAGGUGCUGGAAGUGGUAGAAAUAGAUCUUCAGGAUAUGCUCAAAAAAGUAAUACUUUUGAUAAAAGUUGGAGUGACAAAGAUUCAGAUACGUCAUCUAGAAGUAGUGGUAGACGGGGGAGAGGCAAUGCUUCUCGUGAAGGUUAUCACAAACAUGAAGGAUUUUCUGGGAGAAUGCAAAGUAGCAGAUCGAGUGAUAAAGACUCUGAUGGAAGUGUUAAGGCUACAAAAAUAAAUAGUGACUCUUAUCAUGGAAGUAAUAAAUUUAGAGAAAGAAGAGGAGGAUACAGACAUAGGGCAUCAGAAAGCAAGUCAAACACUGCAUAUAGUAGUAAUACGGAAGGUGGGCGAAGAUAUAGUCCUAUGCGAAGACAAGAUUUUCAUAUUCCAUCUCCUAGUAUAGUUAUUGGAACUACAAAAACUUGCGAAGUAGUUUUUACUAACAGUCCAUUUGACUUUUUUAUUCAGUUAAGUACUGAUUAUGCUGCAUUAGAUUCCUUAAUGGAAAAUAUUGCAUCAAUAUAUGAAACUGGUGGAGAAUUACUUCAAGAAUUCAAAAUACGCAAAGGAAUGUACUGCAUUGCUCAAUAUACGGAAGAUUUGAAAUGGUACAGAGCUAUAAUCAAAUCCGUUGAAGGAAACAGUGCAACUGUACAAUUUGUAGAUUACGGAAAUACAGAAACAGUCGAGUUUAAUAAGAUUAAAACAAUUCAAAAGGAAUUUUUAAAACUUCCAGUACAAUCUAUACACUGUAAAUUAUUUGGUAUAAAAGACAUUAGUUUUGAUAUGAGCAAAACAAACAUUUUUGAAGAUAAAGUUAGUGGGAAAACAUUAGAAGCAGAAUUUAUAACUGAAGAAAAUGGUAUAUAUGGCGUCUUGUUACGAGAAAUUAUUGAUGGUUCUCCAAUAAGCACUUUUAUAAACGAAGAAUUCUGUGAAGAUAAGAGUUUUCUAAAAACUAAGGACGUAGCGAUAUCUCGUAGUAAAAUUACUACUAAUACAGGACAAUUAACUGAACCUGAUUAUGCUCCUUUGAAUGCUACGUGGGAAACAAUCUCUUUUUCACCGGGAACUAGAAAAGACGUAAUUGUUACAUGGUUUACAAAUCCUAAUAAUUUCUAUUGUCAAAUACUUGACAAUGAAAAUGAAUUCAAAAUUAUGAUGAAUGAAAUUCAAAAGAUGUAUGUUGGCAGAGAACCCGUGUCAUAUACAUUAAAAAUUGGAUCACCUGUAAUAGCAAUAUUCUCUGAGGACAAAGCUCUUUAUCGUGGGGAAGUCAUAGAAUUAAAUAAAUUAAAUGGACAUCUUAUACAUUACAUAGAUUUUGGGAAUAGUGCUGUGGUAAAUCCUCAAAAGAUUUAUUCUGUAGAAAAGAAAUUGUUACAUCUUCCCAAACAAGCUGUUCAGUGUUCCUUAUUAAAUAUUAUUCCACAAGAUGGCCAUAGUUGGUCUAAAGUAAAUACAGAAGCAAUUGAUAAUUGUUUUAAUGCUGACAAGUAUGAGUGUACUUUUCAUGAUAUAAUAGAUAAUAAAUACAUAAUUUCUUUAAACAAUAACGAGAACGACGUAGCUACUACAUUGAUCGAAAAAAAUCUUGCAUCACUUGCCUCGACAAAUAAAUCAGAUGACACCUCUGCAGAUAGUAAUAAUCCCAUACCAGUAAUGUUAUAUGAGAUAGAAAAAGUUGAUAUAAAUCUUCUAAGUGGUCAAGCACUUAGGGUGAAAGUGUCAAGUGUAGAAAACGCAUCUAAAUUGUACGUUCGACUUCCAUCUGCUAAUGAAUGUGAAGAUUUAAUAGACACAUAUAUGGCUGGCAAAAAUCCGAAGGUGAUGCAACGAUUAUCAGCCCAUGAGUUAUGCCUGAGCACAGGUUGUUUGGUUUAUUCAAAUGGAGUAUGGAGACGAGCAGUAAUCAAUAGCCAUUCACGAUCCACAGGCUUUAAUGUAAAAUUAAUUGAUUCUGGAGCAUAUGAUGAAAUUCUCUCAGAUUGCGUCUUAGCUUUACCAGGAGAACUUUCAGUUAUGCAGAACCAGGCAAUAGAAUGUUCCCUUUUAGGUGUUACGCCAUCUUCUGAUACUGAUGCAACACUGAAAAAAUGUGUUGAAGGGAAAGAAGUGAUUAUAUAUGUUCAUGAAGUUGACAAUAACAGACUCAUCGUAAAACUGUUCGAUUUAUUGGGUAACAAAAUAAGUAUUUUUGAAGAGGUCGAUGAAAAGAUAUCACCAAUAUGUCCUAUGCCUAUUUUAAGUUCUACUCAUAAAGUGACAGUAUCAUACGCAGAUCAUUCUAGUAGUAUAUGGCUACAGCGUAACACAGAAAAUAUUUUGGACCAAAAUUUAAUUAAAGCACUUAAGGAAUAUUACCCCACGUCUGGAAAGUUAAUAGAACCGGAAGUAGGUAUUUUGUGCGCGGCUAAAAGCGUAGAUGGUCAGUGGUAUCGUGCCAAAGUCAUAAAAUGUACCGAAAGUGGAAUUUACGUGAAUUUCAUUGACUAUGGUAAUAACGAAGAAGUCACUCGUGAUCUACUAAUGACUUUAGACCCAUCUUUUUAUGUACCACAUCAAUUGGCUGUCAAUGUUUCGUUACCAGUAACGCUUAAUGGUACAGUGGGAGAACAACUAAAUAUAUUACAAAAUUAUUUGUCGAACAAGGAGCUCACUGCAAUUUUUCGUAAUGUAAACAAGAAAUGGAUAACAGAAUUAUUAUGUGAUGGAGAAAAAAUUAGUGAUAAAUUUACUUCACUUAAUUUAACAUCUCAGCAAGAAAUAUCUGGAACAAGUCAACCUAAAGUUCAUAAUGUGACAGUAAAUCAUAAAUAUGAUGUAUGUGUAUCUCAUGUAGACUCUCCUAGUCAGUUUUGGCUUCAAUGUGCAGAAGAUGUUACACAUCUUUCUAUGAAGCAAGAUGAGCUUCAAACGGAAGCUACUAAAUUCCCACAAGUGGAUGGAAUAUUAGAAGAAGGAAGUUUAUGCGUUGCUAUGUACACAAUUGAUAAUGUGUGGUACAGAGCACAGGUACUUGACGCAGACGAAGACAUUACGACUGUUCGAUUUAUUGACUAUGGAAAUACUGAUGUCAUUGAUAAUAAAUCGGGACACAUCCGACAGAUUUCAGAUUCGUGGAAAGAAAUAAAGGAAUAUGCAAUUAAAUGUAGAUUAGAUGUUAUUCCUACCGAUUCAGAAGAUUGGAAUGCUACUACAUGUACGAAGUUUGAAAAUUUAGUUACAUCUGUUGAAUCUUUACAAGCCUUUGUUAUCGCAGAGGGAAUUCCAAAACGAGUAGAUUUGUUGAUAAAUGACAAAAGUGUUAGUGAAAAAUUAGUUGAAGAUCAUCAUGCUGUAAUGAUUCAUACUGAAGAUGAUUUAAUAGAUGAAAUAGUUGAUCUUGAAUUGGAUCCUCAUUCUGCUUUUGUGAGUCAUAUUAAUUCCCCAGGCGAAUUUUGGGUACAAGAAGAAAAAUCUGUUGGUGAUUUAGAAGUUAUGACUGACAGAUUUAUCGUAGCAGAUAUGUUUCCCAAAGUCGAUGAAAUCAAAGAAAAUAUGUUGUGCGUUGCUAAAUAUCCUGAUGACGAAUAUUGGUACAGAGCGCGCGUUAUAUCACACAGUGAUAAUGCUACACGAGUCAUAUAUAUCGAUUACGGAAAUUCAGCUACAUCAACAGAAAUACGUGCCAUACCACCAGAUUUAGCAGAUGUGCCGCCAUUAUCGAGGAAAUGUUGCUUAGCUAUGCCGGAAGGAAUCACGCAAUGGUCAGAACAGGCGUGCACAGAAUUUAUAAAAUUAGCUGCUGAUGGAGCAACAAUAUUCCUAUUGGAUGUAUUGAAAGAAGAUGACAUGUCAACGGUGAAAUUAACAUUAAACGGAGAGAAUGUAACUGACUUACUUGCAAACUUCUGUGAACGUUGCCCACCUAUCAUUGAAGAACGACUGCCUCCUUUAGGCGAAGAAAAUUCACCGAAUGUAUAUAUUAGUUGUACUAAUUCACCAGAUGAAUUUUGGAUCCAAACUGAAAGCAGCACUGCAGAUUUAGAUAUGAUGUUGGAUAGAUUGGAAGCAGCUCCUAGUUUUCUUCCAUUAAAUACAUUUGAAGUUGGAACUAUCUGUGCUGCAAAAUAUUCCAAAGAUGAUUUAUGGUAUAGAGCUAAAAUUCUUUCGCAUUCUGAAAAUUCUACCGAAGUUCAAUACAUAGAUUAUGGUAAUACAGCAAUUACAGAUGAAGUACGAAUGUUACCUGUAGAUAUUAUAAAUAUUCCUACUUUAGCUAAACGCUGCGCCUUACAAAAACCAGAUACUAUAAAUUGUUGGGCUUCAGAGGCUUGUAAAACGUUCGAAGAUCUCGCUGAACAGGGAAAAACAGAGUUUCAAUUCGAAAUCAUCAAUGAUGCUGUUGAUCCAAUUCUUAUUAAACUGACUCUUGAUGGAAAAGAUGUUGUUGAUACUCUAGUGUCAUUUUCAGAAAACCUACCUAACAAUACAGAUAUAAUACAAGAAAAAGAGAAUUUACAUGGAAACCAAAACAUAAGCGAGGAAUUAGAGGCCCAUGUAGGAAAUGAAAAUAAUGACAAUAUAGAUCAAGAUACAAUGGCUAAAACCGGAGAGGAUCAAAUUAAUUACAGUGUUGAACAAGACUUGAAUAAUUCUAUUACAAAAUCAGAAGAAGUGUUAGAAAUACACGAGGAGCAAAAUAAAGAACUAAAUAAGUCCCUGGAAAAUCUCGAAGAUCAGAAUAAAAUGACUAUAAAGGAUACCGAUAGCGUACAUUCGUAUAACAGUAACUUCAUUGUCGAACUCACUGUAGAUGAAAUAAUACAGAAUAUGGAAAGAAACGUAAAAGAUGAACCCGACAUGGAUGAAAAACCGUCUGGGAGUAAUGAUACUAAUAUAGACUCAUUUGAGAAUAAUGAUAUUGAAAAAAUAACCAAAACUGUGGAAAAUUUGGAAACACAAGAUACAUCACAGUUAACUGAAAUGCAAGAAGUAGAUACUAUUCUGGAUAAAGAUGAAGACCAUUUAAACCGAAGUGAGGAUCAGUUUGAAGCAAAAAGUAUACAUGAAGAAGAAUUGCCAUCAAUGGCGAAAGAAGAUAUAACAACGCCGGAUGGAACAAAAACGCAAAUAGAUCCAAAUAUGGAUGAAGAAGAUCAUUUACAUCAGAGUAAAGAUAAGUCUAUUGCGGAUAAAAACGAAGAUCACUCACACCAGAAUGAGGAUGAAUCUGAAGUAAAAAGUGUGCACUCAGAAGUAUCUUCAUCAAAGGUAAAAGAAGAUGUAAACCUGAAAGAAGCAGAAAUGGAAGUGAGUAUUGGUGGUCUAAGUAAAGAUAAAGGUCAGUUAGAUCAAAAUGAAGGUCGACCUGAAACAGAAUUCACACAUGCAGAAGAUAUGCAAGCUUCAAUCCCACUAGAAACCAAGAAGGAUGAUGAGAAGUUAAAAAGUAUUGAAGAUAAUAUAAUAAACUCAAUAACGCAAUCAUGUAGCAAUGAAACAAGACUAUGUGAACCACAUACAGAUAUUGAUUCUUAUGAACAUGAUACUGAAGUACAUACAACAGAAUUAGAUAAAUCUUCCGAUAAGCAAUCUAUUGAAGCACAAUUAAAUAAAAGUGUAACAGAUAAUACAUUGACAAAUGUUCUAGAUGAAGAGACUGCUUCUGGAAGCACCGAAGGAAAAACAAAGAGUGAUAAUGAAAAGUGUAAGAUAGAAAAUGAUAAUAAACUAAACAUUAGUAUAACAGAUAAUAAAGACGAUAUUGAGAUAAAGAGUACGAAUAAGAAGCAAUCUUUGGAUUUUAAAUCUGUCGAAACAAUAAACAACGAAUGUAAGAUUAGCGACAAGCAAGAUGAUAAGCACCUUCCACAUUCGGAAGGGGUUGAUAAACCUUCUGAAUGAUUAUGUACAGAGACUGACUUUAUAAUUCGAACAUAAAUUUUACAUGAUUCCGACACUUUAUUUUUGAAAAGGUUAUUGCUUAUGUCUUCAUAAUUCAGUAUUUAAUUUAAAGUCUUCUUAUACGAAUAUUUUGCUUAAAAAGUAUUGAAAGGUACUAAUGCGCGAACAAUAAUAUUACUGUGCUCUCUUCGAAGAAGGAAAUUUCAACAAAGGACAACAUUCCCAAAUAUAUGUCGUAGCUUUAAUUGUAGUGAGCACUAAAACGUUAAACAUUUUAUUUUUUUUAUUUUUUAUGUUUUUACUUCUUAAUUAAGAACAUUACUGUAUAUUGUUUGAUCGUGUAUAAUAGUAAACAAGCUUUCUUUUUUAUAUUAAUACAAAAAUCUGUUUACGUAAAUAAUAAUGAUAAAAUAUAUUCCGGUGGUUUACCAAAGAGUAAUAAAAGAGCGUACUCAUCAUAUAAAUUAAUUAAUGUUUCGUUUUGUUUUUCACAUAGAGUUUAAUAAAGAAUAAUAGAAAAUUAAAGUUCCAAACAUUGAAUAUUGCUAUUGUUAUUUUAUUUUCAUACAAAACUUUGACAUAGAUGUAUGCAAAUUUCAUCAAUUUCGCUUCAAUGUAAACCGGUGUUAGUUUAUAUAUAAUUUAUUGCAAUUAUUAUUCUUCAUAUGAAAUUUUAGGAAGGUUUCAUAAAUUUAUGUCAAAUUGUUAGUGACAAACAAUAUUAAAAAUGCAUGUUUCAUAAUAAAUGAAAAUAUACGUACAUGCUUUAAUAUUGUUAUUGUUAAGAAGAGACACUCUCAAUGAAAACGAAUGUAUAAUGUUCUUCUUUCUGCGAUUAUAUUCUUAUACUUGAUAUUAUAUAAUCCUUUUAAAAGCAUUAACGUUGACCCAAAUUAAACUGGUUAUAAUACUAAUAUAAUUUGUACAACAGAUUUAAUUUGUAUCAUACCAAAUACAGUAUGUCAUAAUGUUUUUCAAAUUGUUAUUAAAAACAGGAACUAGAAAUUAAUUUUGAUGAGCGAGGUAUAUUACAAACAGGUUGUUUUUUUAUUUAAAUAAUGCUUUAUGGUCACAUUAAAAUGGCUUUAAGAGUGAUAUAACACAUUUUAUAGUUGAUAUAUAAGUUAUAUUUUAUUAAUUGAUGAUAGAGCAUCUUUUUCAUAAACGGUUAAUACAAUAAAUUGUGAUUAACCAUUUAUAUAUAUUAUGUAUAUGUAUUAUUAUUAUUAUUAUUAAUAUUAAAAUUACUAUUAUUAUAAAUUUAAGUUGCGCCUCAACAAAAAUAUAUUGUCACAUAAUAAACCGACCGUUUUUCAAAGCUAUAAUAAAAAAUUGGUAGAUAAUGUGAACAGCACACUCACGGACAAAAUGAAUACCUAUGAAAAUUAUAAUGCUAUUAUUUCUACUAUUGAGACUCAAUAUCAUAUACAUGCGAUUAUGCAUAUUUAAAAAAAAUCAAUACUAACAAUGAUAACGUAAAUUACAAAUUUAUGUAGCUUUGAAUUUGUAUCGUCUAUCUCAAGUAUUGAUUAUUAAUUAUGCGUGUAUAUAACAGUUCGUGUGUGACUGAUUUUAGAGAACCAAUACAAAUAUUGUUAGCACUCGAAGAUAUUGACUUUGUAAUUAUAUUAACUUAUUGAAUAACAAUGUUAUAAACGGUACGUUGUAAACAAAAAAUGCAAGGACACUAUAAAUUAUGUACAUACGUACAAUGAUUGGAAUAUAAAUCUCGAACAACUUCGGGUAGUGCAUUCACAGUAUUGCGUUCUCCGGUAAGUGUGCGGCUAUGUAAAUAUUUCUAUUACAAUAAAAUAUAUUUUCUAAUA